AAUUGAAUAAUAAACACUUCAUGUACAAAACUGCAUCUUUAGUGUUCUACAGUUGAUAUUUGAUGCGACAAGGACGUAUAUAAAUCUGCGGUGAUAAAUUGACAUUAAAUACUUAUAUAUUAUAAUAUAUGUGCCCGAGGUACAUUUUUAGGAAACAACGCUUUAAGUCCUAGGAAUGUUAUUAAGAACUGUGUUUGGUUUAAAGAUCGCAGUACUUACUAUCUCAUUUGCACUAGGUCAGGAUAGAAAAGAAACUAUAAGAAGGGUCUGUCCAAGAGAAGUCCUUACUUAUGUAUCGGAAGGAAGCGCGUGUAAUAGAUCGUUAGAAGAUUUACGAAGCAGUAUAAGAAAGUUUACAGGAAAGACUGGAUGCAAUUCCAAUUGCACAGCAAUUUUUAAUUACAAGAACAACGACAGCAAGCAAUAUGACAUUGUUGAAAUAAAAGUAACUGUUUUCAACAACAUAAGAAAUAUCUCACAAAUGUUCGAUGCCUGCAAGAAAGGAGCUUACAAUAGCGGUCGAGCUUUAUUUAUAGAGUGCUAUAAAGUAGAAACAAAUGCUUACUUUUACCAGCGCUGGUGCAGAAAUAGGUCGGGUUGUCUACAUAAUCAAGAUUGUUUACAAUAUGGAGAUCUUGGGGUCUGCUCAGCGACCAAAACAAUUAACAUUUCUACCAUAGAAAAACACAACAGAGAAAACAGAACUGAUGGAUAUGAUAUUGGACAUGUGGUUGGUGCAGCUAUUGGUGGGCUCGUUACAGGCUUAGGAAUUUGGGCUGCU